CGACUUCAAGACGGCCGACAUGGAUGCGAACACGGAUCAGGAUAUCGAGAAGAACUUGGACAAAAUGAUGUCCGAGAGGGCUUUGUUGAAGGAGCGCUACCAGGAGGUGUUGGACAAGCAGAGGCAAGUGGAGAACCAGCUGCAGGUACAGCUUAAGCAGCUCCAGCAGCGGAGGGAAGAAGAGAUGAAGAACCACCAGGAGAUCCUGAAAGCGAUUCAGGAUGUGACGAUCAAGCGAGAAGAGACAAAGAAGAAGAUGGAGAAAGAGAAGAAAGAAUUCUUGCAGAAAGAGCAGGAUCUGAAAGCAGAAAUUGAGAAACUCUGUGAGAAAGGCAGAAGGUUGCUGAAAGAGCAGGAGGAGAAGGAAAACAAGAUAGCUUCUCUGAUUGCAGAGCAGUCCGAUGAAAAGCAGCUAUGGGAGAUGGAGCUAGAUAAGCUGAAGAACCAGCACAAUGAAAUCAACAGGAACAUUCUCGAGGAGACAGAACGGGCCUGGAAAGCGGAGAUCCUGUCCCUGGAGAGCCGGAAGGAGCUGCUGGUGUUGAAACUAGAAGAAGCAGAAAAAGAAGCAGAGCUACACCUCACCUACCUCAAGAUAGAUCUCAUGCUGACGGCAUUCCAGCCCAACCCCUCCCUUACGCCCAGGCUCCCCUUUCCCAUCGGACCAGUUCCCGUUCCCAUGGUCAUGCCGAGCGCUGAUCCUCGGGCACUCUCCUUUCCUCUCCUGAACCCUGCGAUCUCCAGGCCCAACCAGCCUUCCCCGCCGCUGCCCGCUUCCCAGGGAAGAAACAGCCCCGUAGUGGCAUCGCUUAUUGGCACGCACAGCCCUCAUGUGACUCCCGCUGCCUCCAUCCCUCCUCCGCCAGGCCUGGGAGGAGUUAACGUCACUCCAGAGUUUCACAGGCUGCAGCCGGCCGAUAAGCUGGAGAAGCUGCUGGAGAAGUUGUUGACUCGGUUUCCACAGUGCAACAAGUAAGCAUCUCGCGUUGUCCUUCCCGGAGGGUGAAGACUCGCGUGCGGGUAAGGGGAAGGGGAGCUCCGCUCGGCGCUUGCGGGGGUCUGGAGGAAGUGAGGGAAGCCCGAAGGCGAGGAGCAAAGGCUGGGGGCUCUCUGCCAGCCUCUCGGUCGAAUCAGGGCCCCCAUGUUCUCUGCUCCGCUGCCUCAGAUCAGCACGCCCAUGUUCCUGCCCCCGGCCCAGGUGGCUUACCCCGGAACAGCGUCACACACCCCGGCUGCCUGUAAGCUGUGUCUAAUGUGCCAGAAGCUUGUGCAGCCUGGUGACCUUCACCCCAUGGCCUGCUCGCACGUGCUGCACAAGGAGUGCAUCAAAUUCUGGGCACAAACCAACACAAAUGACACUUGCCCCUUUUGUCCAAGUCUCAAAUGACGGCUACCCGAACAAAGCGGUCCCCCGGGAGGAGUUGCUGUGAAUAGACAGGAUCAGUUCUAAGAUUUCUACAGUUCUAUAUUUAUACGACCAUGUAUACACAUGUACAUUUUUAUUAUAUAGGUAAUGUGUGUAUAGAAAGUCUGUAUACAUACAAAUUCAUAAAUAAAGUGUGUAUAUUAUGCAG